AUGUCGACUGGUAGUACUGGACCUGCCGGCGUUAAGAACCUACGUGCUAUGUUUGAGCACAAAACCAGCGACCAGUCCACAUCCCCAUCGAGUCGAGGCCGAUCAUCUCCAAACGGUUCCCUCGCUUCCUCCAAUAGUCGACCUGUGAGCAAGGUUCGAAGCAGUUUCGUUGCAGUCGAAAGAUCAGGGGAAGCAGGACAACCUUCUCAGUGGGGAUUAAGAAAGACUUCAGACGUGAGCAGCAUGGCGGAGGUCAGAGAAGAAGCUCUUAUGGGAGACACAACCAACGAGGCGUCACACACAUCUACGGUUGAAGGAUCAGAGCUCGGGGCCAUUUUGAAAGGCUCUGCAUUCGAGACCUCUUCUCUGCCACCAGUCAAUGGUUCAUCUGAGAGUAUGGAAGACACCCACAACGGUACGGCAGCGGAAAAGCCACAGAUGAAUGCUCACACAGAAAAUGCAGCACCUCUGAGCGGUAACAUUGAGCCGGAAGGACCACCCCCCACCAGCACCCCAUCUGUUGCCAACAUCAAGUCGAAAUUAGCGAAACCGACUCCAAGCAGCUUGGAUAUGAAACCAAUUGCUUCGAAGCCGAAGGAAAGCUCGAGACCGUUCAAGAAAUCUCCUACUCUUCAGAAGAAGUCACAAACUUCGCCAAGCAUCUCUGACAGCCCUGGGUCUCGUGUGGAGCCUAGAGGCGGUGUCAACAAGAUCGCAGGCGUAACUCAGUUUGCUAAUAAAGCAAAGAUGGAAAGAACGAAGCCGGAGCAAACGAAGAAGGACACUUCACCCCUGGCGGAGAAGAAAGCUGGUGCGACUGUUGUCAAGCCUCCUUCUGUUGCUUCGAAGCCGACAGCUGCAUCGAGAGCUCAUGCACAACAGCGCACAACAACUUCCGAAACAGUCCAGCCAAAGUCCCCAAGCUCAACAAGACCAGUGAAGCUGCCCUCUGCUGCAACAGCUACUACAGCAGCAUCGACAGCUCGUAAGGGUCCAAGCACAGCCACGGAAAACCCUGUCCCUGUGCCAGAACGAAGAUCAACGAAUACGCAAACACCUCGGGUAGCGAACACAGCUACCAAGUCUUCGAUAGCAAAGAAGGCCUCGAGGGUGUCACUAGCAAAUGGUGGUGAAGACAUGACUCGAUCUCGGUUAAGCGCUGUUCACAAGCCGGCCGACGAAGGAUUUCUAGCAAGAAUGACUCGUGCAACCGCCAGUAGUGCACAGAAAGCCCACGAGAAAGUGCAAGUUGAUAGUCCACCUCGAGCCACAAAUCGAAGAUUGUCGCUUGGAUCGAAGAAGCCUGCAAGCAGGAAAAGUCUAAGUGGCGUAUCACAAGAACAAUCCGGUGCUCAACCGACAUUGCCAGAUGCGAUUCCAGCCUCUGAAGAACAAACCAUAUUAGAAGCCGUCACACAUGCAACUGAUGCUGGACAUGAUGAGGAUGAAGCUGAACCAAUUCCGGCACAGGAUCACCACGAAGCAGUGGUCAUACCUCAGCAGGCUGAGGUGACGGGCGGCACCGUAGCUUGA